AUGGCCAUAAUUCGAUCCUUCCGUGCAGUGUCAUACCUGUAUCACCAAUUCACGGAGCCGUUUCUCAAUACAGUCCUCCCCGCCCGACAUAUUGGUCUCAGAGGACGCCCGCUUUUAAACCGCUCUCGAGGCAUCGAAUCCAUCAACUCAACCACCCAGCCAAUCUUUCUCAGUCGACAUUCCAGCAUGCGCUUCUCUAUCGUCGCUCUCGUUAUCGGUGCUGCAGCCACAGCUUCCUCCGCUGCGGCGGUCGAUGCGGUGGUCGAGAGUCGCGGAGAUUACAACUGGCCCAAGUGUGCUGCUCGCUGCUGGCCCCCAAAUCCAUUCAAGUAUCAGUGUGCCCCUUUCGACUACGGCUGCCUUUGCCGUAAGCACGACAAAUGGAGCUACGAUCUCAAGUACUGCUUCAAGAAGUAUUGCAAUGAUUACGACUACAAGCAAUCUGGCAAGGGCGUUGGCUAUUACUGCAAGAACUAUGGCUACACCGGCUGGAAUUAA